UGAGUUUUAACCUUGAUUAAGUAUGUAUAUCAGUGCCUACACUUUGGCACUGGCAGCCACCUGCAAAGCAUACAAGACAAUUCUCAUUCAGAAGGAGCUGUGGGCAGUGUGUGGAGGAUGCGUCAGCAGGACAUUGCCAAGGUCUGGCAGGACUGACCCACAGAACUGUACCAGAGGAGCAGAACCCAGAGGAGUGGAGAGUGCUGAGCCUGGGCUGAGCACACCAUGGGGGCAAACACCUCCAGCAAGUCACCACCCUUGGAUGGGAAUGAGGAAGUUACCUUCGACCAUUUUGAGAUUUUGCGAGCUAUUGGGAAGGGCAGCUUUGGAAAAGUCUGCGUGGUGCAAAAGACUGACACCAAGAAGAUGUAUGCCAUGAAAUACAUGAACAAACAGAAGUGUGUGGAGCGUAAUGAAGUGAGAAAUGUUUUCAAGGAGCUGCAGAUUAUGCAGGGCCUGGAACACCCUUUCUUGGUUAAUUUAUGGUACUCAUUCCAGGAUGAAGAGGAUAUGUUCAUGGUGGUCGACCUGCUGCUCGGAGGGGACCUGCGCUACCACCUCCAACAAAACGUGCGGUUCCAGGAGGGAGCUGUGAAACUCUUCAUCUGCGAGCUGGUGCUGGCCCUUGACUACUUGCAGAGCAGGCACAUCAUCCACAGAGAUAUCAAGCCCGACAACAUUUUGCUGGAUGAGCACGGACACGUGCACAUCACUGAUUUCAACAUCGCCACGAUGCUGACGAAGGACAGCCCUGUCACCACCAUCGCUGGCACGAAGCCCUACAUGGCACCUGAAAUGUUCAGCUCCACAAAACCCACCAGCUACUCCUUUGCUGUGGACUGGUGGUCUCUGGGAGUCACUGCCUACGAGCUGCUCAGAACUCGGAGGCCGUAUCACAUUCGGUCCAACGCUUCCACGACUGAAGCGGCUCAGGUGUUCAGGACAGCUGCCGUGGUGUACCCGGCCGCCUGGCGCCCGGACAUGGUGGCGCUGAUCAGGAAGUUGCUCGAGCUGAACCCCAAGAAACGUUUUUCUCAGCUGAAGGACAUCCAGUCCUUCCCGUACCUGUCUGAUGUGAACUGGGAUGCUGUUCUCCAGAAAAGAAUAAUUCCAGAAUUCAUUCCCAUGAAAGGCAGACUGAACUGUGACCCAACCUUUGAACUGGAAGAAAUGAUCCUGGAAUCCAAACCUCUUCACAAAAAAAAAAAGCGCUUGGCUAAGAAGGAGAAAGACACAAGCAGAAGCAAUUCGUCCCAGGCCAGCCACCUUCAGAAGCACCUGGAAAUACUCCAGAGGGACUUCAUUGUUUUCAACAGAGAAAAGGUAAGACCCCACCAUGACAGCAUCCAAGAGACCAUGACAAAAAGUGGAGGCCCACACAAGGAGGACAAUCAGAACAACCUCUGAGAACAGCUCAGCCCCUGCAGGCGACCUCCUCAUGGGACUGGGGCUCACCCACCCAUGCACCUCCACAUCAGGCUGUAGACUUGUCCUCUGCUGCUGGGACCCUGCCAGUAGCCCAGGGCACAGAGGAGAGCUGGGGCACCCCCUCCCUCAGCUUUCCCCCCACAGCCAGAGGGUCCUGAGCACGGGGGAGAGGCUGUGGGGGCUGCCUUCCAAUUGGCCACAGUUGGUGAGACUCAGAUCCUGCUAUGUUGCCUUUCCUGGGGCAGGAAUGGGACCACAGGACAAUGGGUAAGACAGUGUCCACCACUGUGGCUUGGCUGGCAGGUGCCACAGCCCUUGGUGUCACCAUGCAGGAAUGCUGCAGUGUGCCAAGGCUGAGCUGCCUUGUGCUGAGCCACAGGGCUCGGCUGAGGCUGGCAUUCCCCCAUGCAUGGGCUCAUGGCUGGCUAACCCAGGGGAAGAGGUGGCUCCAGACGCAGGGUCUUCACCAAUGUGACACAAGUGGCCUUUGCUUACAGACAGCUCCUGCAAACAUCCUGUGAGGGUGGGCACAGGAGGCUGGAGAUGAGCUCCUUCCUUAGCUGGGAGGAGGCAGCAAAGCUGUCCUGCCCAUUCAGUGCUCUCUCUAUGUACCCAGCAGGGCUGGCAUGGUGGGUGGCCAUGUGGACAGAUGUGGACUGUGACAACUAGGUGAUGGUGAAUCCAGGUGCUUUGUAGUGCUUUACCAAUCUAGCCUGAAAAAUGCAUUCACCAUCAUGUUAAAACUGCUGCAGCUCACUGAAUCUGACGGGGUUUGGCUUCCAAAACCAGAGGGGAAUUUGAAUGUGUAUUUUGAAUGUCUCUACCACUGAAAUCACACUUGAUAUAAGCAGGAACUGCCCCUGCCAAGCAGCAGGGGCCUGAGGAAGAGAAGAGUCAACCGACAACAUGAGCUGUUUGAAGGAACAACUUUUUUUUUAAUAAAGUGUACAAAGUAGUAAAACUCCUUACACAAGGUGCUGUGACAGCUGUUACAGAGAUGAUUUGAGCUCCCCCACAGGCCUCAUGAUGAAACGCCAGAGCAUUGGGUGGAGAUGAAGGAGAUGAAUGUGACAGACCCACCUCUCCCUACGAGCUCAGUGCACCUGCCCUCCCCAUCUGACAUCCUGCCUCCGGCCAGACCCUGCCUCCUCACCUGCCUGGCCGGGUCGCCCUGUGGGCCAUUCCCACUGUCCCACACCACGGCAUCCCACACACGUUCAACACCAAUAACAUUGAACUGAGCAACCUGUCCGAGCAGCAUGCAUACAGAGAGGAAGAGCAAAACACAACCCAACCAAACCCACAACAGUAACAACAACAGAACUUUAA